AUGUCAUACAUAUACAGAGAACGCGAUAGAGAGCGUGAUUGGGACGAACCUCGUUCUAGCGUCUCAAUCAAGCGUUACGUCAUUCCUCCUGAAGAUGAGCGAGAGCGCGACUAUCUCGUUCGCCGCGAGGAUCCUUAUACCGGGGAUCGAGAACUGAUGGUUCGGCGCUCUACCGACCACCAUGACGACCCCGUCCUCGUCCGUCGUUAUGAACGUGACGUCGACUACGAGCCUCGCUAUCGCUCCGAGCGAGAUUACUACGAGCGCCAGCCGGUAAUAAUUCAUAAAGCUCGAGGCCCCAUCUACAUCAACCCGCGCGAAUCCGACUACGAUGUUGUCCACCGAUCAGAGGUUGAUAGAGACCCCCACUAUCAUCACCGACGUUUCCGCGAGUAUGAGGAUGACCGUCGCCUUCGCCGAGAGCUUAGUCCCGCCGACUCGAUCUCCCAGGCUAGCCGUCGGCGUGAUGACCAGGACUACAGCAGUGAUGACAGCAUGGUUUAUGUUCGCAAAGAGACCCGUGAAUACGACGACCACCCACAUCACCGACGCCACCUUGCUGAGGGUGCUCUGGUUGGUGCAGGUGCUGCUGAACUAUACCGUAGCCAUCGGAAGAAGGAAGGCGAAGAGGUGUCUGAUGGCGCGGGUCGUCUCGGCCGAACCGUAGGCGCUGGUGCUCUAGGAGCUGUUGCCGUCAAUGCGGCCUCGCGGGCCAGAGACUACUAUCGCAGCAAAAGCCGGCACCGUUCUCAUUCGUUUGAUGACGACCACGGCUCUCAUCAUCACCGUCGUCGCCGCCGCCAUCGUCAUGGCCAUAGCCAUAGCCACAGCCGUCGGAGUCGCAGUCGAAGCCGCUCACAUUCUCACUCCCGAGCCAAGACCUUGACAGAACUUGGCCUGGGUGCUGCUGCUAUAGCCGGCGAUGGCGAUGGUGACGAUGACGAGACUCGAAGUCAGUCACAGCGGAGAAAGCACAUGGCGGGAGCCGGUCUGGCAGGCGCCGCGGUAGCUGGCCUUGUGGAAAGGGCCCGCAGCCAUUCGCGUUCUCGCAAAGGUGAACGGUCUCGGUCUCACAGCAGAUUCCGCCAGGCCCUCCCUGUCGUGGCGGCUGGUUUAGGAACAGCAGCUGCCACCGGCCUGUAUGAAAAAAGCCAGGACCGAAAGAAGGAAGGCGAAGAUGGGUCUAGGCACAGAGAACGGCGGCGAUCCAGGUCCAGAAGCAGGACCCCGUCAGAAGUUUACCCAGAUCCUUCACGAGACUCAGCUGGCCUUAUCGAGUAUGGCCGCGAUCCAGUUCAUGGAAGCAUCCCAACUGCAAACUACUAUGGCAGAUCACCGUCUCCGUCCGGCUAUUACUCCGAUGCCACCGAUCCCGUGGCUAGUGGUGCUGCAGGAUAUGGCUCUUCAAGAAAUCGGGACCGUAGCCGCAGUCGCAGCCGCAGCCGCAGCCGGGGUGUCAGAUACGGCAGUACAUCGGACUCAGACCAGGACAGUGGUAGACGACGAAAGAGUCACCACAGGUCUCGCGACCUAGCAGGAGCUGCCCUGGCCGCCACAGGAGCGGGAUAUGCAGCUCACAAAUAUUCACAGCGGAAGGAUCGUAAGAAGGCUGGUCAGGAUAGAGACAGACCUGGGUAUGAUGACGAUAAUGUGAGCCGGGAUCCGUACGAAGAGUCGUACAACCCCGAGCCCUACCCACCUUCUCCCCCUGCCGCGCCUCAGCAGCAAAUCGAUGAUCGCCAGUACUACCCUAAUACCAACUACUUUGCGCCGCCCCCGAGCUCAGCUCCUCAUCCGGCGAGCAAUGGAGCACCGUAUCGCCCAGCAGACUAUCCACCACCUCCUGGAGCAGCUCCGCCCCCGCAACCGUAUGGGUAUCCGCCUCCUCCAGGACCAGAUCCGUAUGCGCCCCGGCCCCGAAGGGCAGAUGAGAAUGUGAGUGCUGCACAAAACUGGCCCUUCCCCACUGCUAAAUACCACACACAAGAUGGUCUAGAAGCAUUCCCUCCCCUCGGAACGCCGCGUGCCAAAAAACGGAGAUCACGCGCUGUUAGCCAUCCAGCCCUGCCAAAAUCUGUUUCUUUUGACCUGAAUUCGGGGACCUCGCACGAUCGCCAAAUGGACCCGGGUUACGAAACUGAUGAUAGUGAUUCAACGAUUGGCUCAUUGAAAGGCGAUCGUCAGCAUGGCUACCAUCGCCGCUGUUCUUCCGAUCCAUAUUCUUCAAAAUCCAAUACUAAAUCUAGACCCGGUGGUGGAUCUUCUACUACCUUGGAUGCUGGUAAAAACAUCGGAUCUGACUCGGAUUCAACUAUCGAUUUGCCGGCUCGAUUCGACUCGCAAGGUAAACUGUUGCCACAGCGGGAAAAUGAUCCAGUGGUAGAUAGAUUGGAGGAUUUGAUUAGAGAUAUCAGUAAGGUGUUAUUCUAA